AUGGAAAUACUUACUCUUUAUUUAUGCGUUAUACCAGCCUUCGUCACCGCAAUCACAAUAACAUCAAACGGCAACAGUCCUGAAAGUAAAAUGAAGAGAGGAUUGAGGAUGGAUAUACAAAAAGAUUUUGUUACCAUGGCGUUUUCAGAAUCUACCACUAAAACUGCAAGAGUCAAACCAACAAAUACCAGUCCCAAUUCUACAAAACUAUCUAUCAAUGAAAGAUAUAGGAGGCUGAUUCCGUACAUGACGUUCUAUUAUGCUAAUGAUUUAGCAAGACCGAACGCCGACAGCGUAAGAAACAUAGAAGUGCAAAAGGCAGAACUUAUCGAGACUGGCCACAGUGAGCCACGUGAACCGAAGAAAAUAGUUUAUUCAAAUAGAAAUAUUCCUAUAUAUGAAGGCAAUAGAUUAACUCAACACAAUAUUGCAUCAGCAAACCCAACAAAAGUAUUUUACCAGGGUGGUGUGCCUGUGUACCAAACUCCCAAUAAAGUGAUACAAAAUUUUCAUCCGUCAGAGUACUAUAUAAAUGAUUUUGAGCCAGGGCGAGUCGUACAAAAACUUUUAUCCAAAAAUCCGAAUGUGGUAUAUAUAUCACCGAUGAGAAAACCUUUUCUAAAUUUAUACAGUGACGAUACACCAAAUAUUAGAUAUUAUUUGUCAGAAAAAGACCAAUCACCUAAAUAUAGACUAGUGCCUUAUGAGCAAACACCGCCGUUUAAGAUACCUGAAAAUGAGAAAGUUUAUGACAUAACGAAAAAACCUGUAUCUGUAUUAAUACCUAAAGAGUUAACUUAUCUUAAGCCACCAAGACCUGCAAGUCCUCAUUACGUUUAUGAAGAGGUUAAUGUUCAACAACCGGUUUACAAGAAGCAACCUUUAAUCGUUUCAGAAAAUUACUAUGAAAAACAACUGCCAUAUUUAUCGGCACCACCGUUAAGACAAAAUGGAUUUCAACCCAUAUUCAAUUCGCCUAAAUAUCCUCAUGAAGAACCCAGGUAUAUAAUAACUUCGCCUGAAAAAAAUAUUUUUAAUUCUGGCAAUCAAAAAUAUCGCAUACAACCAGGGCCCGUAAUCACUAUUGACAAUUUAAGACCAAAGUUUUAUACCAAUAUUGUUGAACAUACCACAGUGCACCCUCCCCACAUGACAACUUCAAACCAAGUUCCACUGGCAUCGUUACUAAAUUCGCUACAGUUGAAUAAAUCAAUACCAAAACCAAUAACAAAAGAGAACGUCGGUGCAUCAAUAAGAACUCUACUACAGGUUUUAAAUGCUUUGAAGGCUGUGCCGCAAAACGACAUGGAACUGCCAGUUCUCAGUACACCGAAGCCAUUUGUGGCUGCUAAGGUUGUAGAAAUCGUUACUGAACCAGUUAUUGAUGCUCAGCGGAUUACUGAACAGCCGGAACUGAUAAGAGAUGAAGGUUUGCACGAUGAACCUUACCUUGCUCACGUAAGCCCUCCCUCUCAACAUUUGGACGAUCUAUCAUCUGGCGGUGGAACUAGUCAACAGUUUCCUUUGCCUGUGACCUCAGACGAUGAAGGUGGCACUCCCGGUCAACCGGGCAUCGAUUAUCCCAUUUUGACUGUUAUACCGCCUACUUCCUUCAACUGCAAGACGCAACGAUAUAAAGGCUUUUUCGCAGAUCCCGAGAGUCGUUGUCAGGUAUGGCAUUAUUGCGAUCUGAAUGGUGGACAAGCUUCAUUUCUAUGUCCGAAUGGUACAAUAUUCUCUCAGGCUGCCUUAACUUGCGAUUGGUGGUUCAACGUGCGCUGUAAUACUACAACGCAGCUGUAUGUACUAAACGAGAGCCUGUACAAAUAUAUUUUGCCGCACUCACCUAAGUUCCCUGAAGACUACAGUGGGCCUUUAGUGGAUAAAUACCUUACCCUAAAAUUCAAGGAAAUGGAAGAGCAAUUCAAGAAAAACAAAAACAAACAAUCAGUAUCAGAGAAAAUGGACUCAGGCGAAGAGGAAUCAGCAUCUGUCGAUGAUUCGACUGAGAAAGACAGUUCAAGUCAGGAUACUGGAAGCACUGAGAGAAGUGGAGAUGCAGUUGACACAGUCAAUGAACCUAGCGUAAUUUUGGAGUCACCUGGGACUAGUGGGAAUGUUGAAAGAUUACAAAAGUGA